AUGACAGCGAUCAGAAUGGUUUCAUCAGUGCUGCUUCUGGUGCUGAUGCAGUCCGGGGCUCUUUGCGCACGGAGGUUCCGGGGUGGCCGCAACCCGCAACCACGACGCUCACCACCUCCUCCCACAUACCGGGCGGACCGGGGUGACACCACGGAGAGCUUCCCUCUGGAUUUCACCGCCGUGGAGGAGAACAUGGAUAACUUCAUGACACAAGUGAAGAACCUUGCGCAGUCCCUCUACCCGUGCUCGGCGCAGAAGCUCGACUACGACAUGAAGCUGAACUUUUUGGAGAAUACGACAGUCACCUGCAACGACGGGAGUCCCGCGGGGUACUAUCUGAAAGAAUCUCGAGGCAGCAGACGGUGGUUGAUAUUCUUAGAGGGUGGCUGGUACUGCUUCAACAAGGAGAACUGUGACAGCCGAUAUGAGACCAUGAGAAGAUUGAUGAGCUCUUCCAAGUGGCCCCAAACUAAAACAGGCACGGGGAUCCUGUCUCCGCUGCCUGAGGAAAACCCUCACUGGUGGAAUGCCAACAUGGUGUUCAUCCCGUACUGCUCCAGUGAUGUGUGGAGCGGCGCGACAGCCAAAACAGAGCAGAGUGGCUAUGCCUUCAUGGGCUCACUGAUUAUUCAAGAAGUUGUGAAGGACCUGCUGAACAAAGGUCUGGACAACGCUAAAGUUCUCCUAUUAGCGGGAAGCAGCGCGGGUGGUACUGGGGUCCUCCUGAACGUGGACCAUGUGGCAGAGCUGCUGGAGGGACUGGGGCACACUGGAAUACAAGUGCGAGGCCUUUCCGAUUCUGGCUGGUUCCUGGACAACAAGCAGUACCACUGCACGGACUGCGUUGACGCUGUCAGCUGUGCCCCCACUGAGACCAUCAAGAGAGGAAUCAAGUACUGGGGAGGAGUGGUACCAGAGAGGUGCAGGCAAGCCCAUGAAGGAGAGGAGUGGAACUGUUUCUUUGGAUAUAGAGUCUUCCCAUCAAUAAAAAGCCCUGUGUUUGUUGUCCAGUGGCUGUUUGAUGAGGCCCAGUUGACAGUGGACAACAUCCAGCUAACAGGCCAGCCCGUGCAGGAAGGCCAGUGGCGCUACAUCCAGAACCUGGGCAUUGAGCUGAGGAACACACUCAAGGACGUCCCGGCUAUGUUCGCUCCAGCGUGCCUAUCACACGAAGUCAUCACCAGAAAUUACUGGAUUGACGUGCAGGUUAAAGGCACUUCCUUGCCCCGAGCGCUGCACUGCUGGGACCGCAGUCUCCAUGACAACAGGAACAACAAGGCUCCACCCAAAGGCUGCCCUGUACAUCUGAUCGACAGCUGCCCCUGGCCACACUGCAACCCCACCUGCCCCACCAUCCGAGACCAGUUCACAGGACAAGAGAUGAACGUCAUUCAGUUCCUCAUGCACAUGGGCUUUGAUGUGCAGAAGAUGGCCCAGCAGCAGGGCAUGGACCCCAGCAAGCUACUGGGCAUGCUCAGCAGCGGCAGCUAAAGGGACACACAGUAUCUCCAAGCUAAGUCCGAGCAGGGCUGGCUGGUCUCUCUGGCCGGUCUCCCAUGCCUGAUACCUCCAACUACACAUCCACCUUCACAACCCAUUCUACCUAUAGUCGACUUUCCUCUGAAAUACUGUUUACUUUAAUCCAGGCCUCGGUCAAACACAGGGGCUUAGAUUUGUCCCACAAUCCCUUUUCCUCACAACUGAUGACAAGUACAGGGGCAACA